AUGGAACACUCCAACAAACACCUCAAGGAGGCUAACGCCACCGGCGCAAAAAUCGCCUCGGUACUCCCUGACGACCCCAGACCUUGGUGGAAAAGACCCAACCUGCUCAAAUUGUACCUGUUGCUGUGCAACUUUGUGCUCUUUGCGUCCUCAAUCGGUUAUGACUCCGCCAUAACCAAUUCCAUCCAGGCCAUUCCGGCCUGGCUCGAGUUCAUGAACGAGCCCCCGGCCGCCUACAUCGUGUCGCGGAUCUUUAUGGGGCUGUCGUUUUCGUGCAACUACGCCGCAUCGGUGUGGAUCUCCGAGAUUGCGUACCCCACGUCGCGCGGUAGAUUUUCCGCCGCGUACCACGCCAUUUACUACUUCGGCUCUGUGCUCUGCGGCUGGGUGGUCUUUGGCACACAGUACAUUUCGGGCGACGUGUCGUGGCGUAUUCCGCUGGCAUUGCAGGCCGCCAUCCCCACCUUGCUGCUGCCCGCUUUGAUUUACGCACCCGAAUCGCCCAGAUGGCUGGUUUCCGUGGGGGAAACCGACAAGGCGCGCCAGGUGCUGCUCAAGUUCCACGCAAACCACGAAGAUGCGUACCUGCCGCUUGUGGAGCUCGAGAUGCAGGAGAUCGUCGCCGGCAUCGAGGCGCUGCGCAUCAACAACAUCUCGUCGUGGCGCUCGCUCGUCGCCACGCCGGGCAACCGUAGACGGCUGUUUAUCUCGUGCUUCCUCGGCGUGGCGUUUGCGUGGAACGGCCAGGGCAUAGUCACGUGGUACCUGAGCUCGGUUUUCGUUGCUGUCGGGAUCACCGCGACAUGGAAGAAAACGCUGCUCAACGCGUGUAUCCAGCUCUUCAACCUGCUCGUGGCCAUCACCGGCGCCGUUCUUGUCGACCACGUCGGCCGCAGACGGCUGUUUUUGAUCUCCAUUGUCGGCCUAUUUUUCUCCUUUAUUGGCCUCACCACCAUCACCGCCGUGUACACCCAGCUGCACAGAAACAUCGGCCAGGCGAUCAUUGUGUUUGUGUUCCUGGUGUACGCGUUCCAAGCUAUUGCGUUUGCGCCGAUGAUCACGUCGUACCCGUCCGAAUUGUGGCCGCAGGCGACGCGGUCCAAAGGCCUGUUCACGGCAAUGUUUUUCCUGAACGGAGCCACCUUCUUCAACAUUUUUGUGAACCCGAUCGCGCUCGAAGCCAUUGGCUGGCGCUACUACUGCGUGUACCUGGGCGCCCAGGUGAUAAUCUUUGCAGUUAUUUAUUUCACGUUUCCGGAAACAAAGGGCUAUUCGCUCGAGGAGAUUGCGCUGAUUUUCGACAAGGACCAGGCCACGCAGGCCGGGCUGGAGGCCGACCUCGACGAGAAGCAGAACGCAAGAAUCAGCGUCAAGGAACUGUCUGUUUAA